AUGAGAAUCGUUAUUAUUUUAUAUGGCAUCGUCAUAUUUACUAUUAACAAAUUUCCUUUAACUAAAACUUGUAAUUCUGCAUAUUAUCCACCAACAAAAUGUCUUGAUAAACUUGAUCACUACGAAUGUAUUUGUGGACAAGGUCAAUUAUGGAAUGGGUACACAUGUGUUGCGGAUGCUGUUGAUUCAAGACUUGUUUUUAAUGGUACUCGUUUUCCAUCCUAUAUUGAACUUGAUAGUAAAACAUUUCCACGUAUUUCGGAAUUAACUAUUUCAUUUUGGAUUCGAGUAUGGGCAAAAAUUGAUUCAGCUCAGCAUACAAUUCUUUUUUAUAAAACAGAUGAUGCUCACCCAGUGUUACUUGUAUCAUUCAUAGAUAAUUCUCGUUUACAUGUAGAAUUAUUAAAUAAUAUUUAUGAUGUAUCUAUACCAUUAUCUCUGGAACAAUGGCAUCAUAUAUCAAUAACACACAAUCUUUCUGAAAGUGACAAUAUAAGAAUAAUGAUAAAUGGUACUCGUGUUGUUGUAUUAAUUUCAUCGAAAACUUAUCGAUAUGAAAAACGAAAUCAUCAAACAAUUAUUGAUAGUGGUGGUGAUUUUUUUGUUGGUCAAGCAUUACGUACAACAAAUUUAACAAGUAAUAGUAUGACAGGAGAUUUUGAAUUUGAUAUACAACGAGCAUUUUAUGGUGAAAUUGCAUUUAUUAAUUUAUGGCAAAAAAUUUUAUCUGACCAUGAAUUACAUCAAUUAGCAAAUGAUUGUCAUGCACAACGACAAGAAUGUGGAGAUGCGGUUACAUGGAUGGAUUUUGUUAAUGAUAUUAAAGGUGAAAUUAAAAUACAUUGGCCAUCAGGAAUUUAUUCACUUUUUGGUAAUUGUCCUACUCAACAAUGGCUUCAUGAAGCAUGUGAUAAUUAUUGUCGUAAACUUGAUGGACCUCAUUGUAAAAAUGAAAGUCAAUUAAGUAUUAUUUGGCAAAAAGCUAUAGCUGGUCAAACAGUUGUUAAACAUUGUCCAGGACAUGUAAAAAAUGAAAAUUUAGGUAGUGUUUAUCGAACGUGUCAACGUAUUGAACAAAUAGCUCGUUGGACAUAUAUUGAUUAUAAUGAAUGUACUCAUCCAUUAAUAAAUGCAAUUGAUCAAGAAUUACAUAUACCUAAAUCAGAUAAAGAAGAAAUACUUGUACUUCGUGAUAAAUGUGCAUAUUUAGCUGAAAUGACAUCAAUGAAUUUAACAACAACACAAUUAUAUAGUUCAAUUGAUCUUAUUUUACUUAUUGAACAAAUUGAACAAUUAACAAAAGUUUUAACAAGUCAUUUUGAUAGUUUAACACAAUGGUAUUCAUCAUCCGAUGAAGCAUUAUAUUUAGGUGAUAUAAAUGCUACUCUCCAUAUACAUCGAUAUUUAGUUGAAGUUAUAUCAGAUUUAAUUGAUGAAAGAUAUGCAUCUUUAUGGAUUGGUACGAAUCCAUUAGGAAAUGAUUUUAUACGUUUAUUAACUUCACUUCAACGUUUAACAAUGAUUCUUGCACAAAUAUUAAUUAAUAAUUGUGAUCAAUUUCCUGGUUGUUCAUUUAGUGUUUAUACAAAAAAUAUAAAUCAAACAAUGAGGAUUUUAAAUCGACAAGAAUUAAAUUCAUUUUUUUAUGAAAAUGAAAAAACACAAAUCAAAUUUAGUUCUAUUAAUACAAAGAAAAAUCUAAAUAGUAAUAAAACAACAUUGAUUUAUGAUGAUAAAACUAAUAGUUCUGCAUGGUAUUCAGUAUCUAUUACAAGUUUAGGUACAGCUCAUCUCUAUAUACCAAAUCUUCGAUUAGGACGUAUCUCAAAAUAUGACAAUAUAAAUAGUCAUGUCGUAUCAAUUGAUGUUAAACUUCGUAAACCAAUUCAACAAUCAAAUUAUUUGUCAACACUUGUAUCAACCGAUAAGAUACCUAUACUUAUAACAAUGGGUUAUUUAAAUUACGAUAAUAUCUCAGGUAAUCAAUGUGUUUAUCUUGACACAACAAAUGCAUUUACACAUGGACAAUACAAAGCAACACUUUUUCGUCAAUGGCAUUGGCAAAAUUCGCCAAAUGUAUGUGAUAUAAGUCAAAUAUCUAUAGCUGAUAGAGCUACAUGUUCAUGUCUGAUUUCCAAUGGAACAUUUGCUAUUACAAGUGAUAUGUUCGAUCCAAAGUGGCGUCCAUUAGAAUUUCGAUUAUAUCCAUUAGGUAUAUUCUCCUAUAUUGGCUCAUUUGUUCAUAUAUUGUUUGCAUUAAUGACAUUAUUUAUGUUAAAUUAUCUUCGAACUCAUUCAUCAGCUGCAUAUAUUCAUAAACAUUAUUCAUUUGUAUUAUGUUGUUCACAAAUAAUUUUAAUUUUAGCAUUUAAUGGUAUACCAUAUCAUCAUUCAUUUCUUUGUCGUGCAGUUGCAUGUACAACACAUUUUUUUAUACUUUCAUCUUAUUGUUGGUUAAUGAAUGAAGCUUUUAAUUUAUAUAUACAAAUAACUUAUACAACACAUCCAGCUGUUGCUGGUGCAAGUACAGCACUUUCGGAUGCGGCUUCAAAAUAUCGUUUUCUUGGAAUGGGUUAUAUUUUACCAUUUUGUAUUGUAACAUUACUUGCAUCAAUAAAAAAGUCAACAUAUUUUAUGCAAAUAAAAAUGCGUUUAUGUUUUAUUGAUCUUGAUGAUUGGUUGAAAAUAUAUUUUAUACCAAUAUCAGCUAUUAUAUUUAUAACAAUAAUGGUAAUGAUCUUUUCAGCUAAACAACAUCAUGAAAGUUCAUAUACGAAAAAUGAAAAAGCCAAUGAAGUUAUUGUAACAUAUACUGGUGGUAUUUGGUCACAAUUAUUUUUACUAACAAUUAGUUGGUCUUUUGCAAUACUUCCUUAUUUUUAUGAUGAAACUAUUCUCCGACUUUUACAUGGCUUUUUUAAUGGUUUACAAGGAGGCUUUCUUUUUCUUUCAUUUUUUUUAUUUAAUGAUGAGAUUCGUCGGCAUUAUCGUGAUCGUCGUCGUCAAUUACGUCGUAUACAAUUAAUGGAAGUUCCUUAUCAAAGUUCAAUAGUUGGAUCCGAAGGACAACAUUCAUCAGUUGUUGUAUCUUCAGGAUCACCACCAACAUUACGUCAUGGAGUAAAUUUAUCAGCACCAGCAUCACCAUCAAAACAAACGUCUGUUACAUCAGUUGUUUCAAAUGUGUUAAAUCGAAAUCAACAACAUUCAUCAGUUCGUAAUACUUAUGACGCAAUGAAAUGGACAUUAAGAAGAAAAUCAUCAGUUGAAACAUCGAAAUCAAGAAAGAGUUCUUCAAAUAAAAAUAUUGCUAAUGAAGAUGAUUAUCGUAUUACUGUUGUUUAA